AUGGAGUCCAUCAUGACGAGAGAAUUCAGCAGGUUUCCUUACCAGACUGUUAUCCAUGAUCGAACAAACAAGCCGACAUAUGGAGGGAAACUUCAGAACCCACAGUUCCAUCACAUCGACCUCGAAUUGCGAGAUAUCGUGGCGAGGUGUCUGCACGAGAAACCCAAAGACAGGCCCCGUAUUACCCAUCUUUUAAAGAAUGUGUUGGACCGAAAACAGCUAGGCUUCAAUAAUGAAAGCCCAGAGUCUGUUCAUACAUGGUGGGAAACCCUCUUCGAGCCUCAAGCGCCAAAGCCUAUCCCUGCACAAGCACCGCCGCCCGCGAAUCCUGUCAAGCAGGCUGUGGUAGCCUCUGCUGCGAAAGGAGGCUUGGCAAUCGCGUCUCACAUGGCACAAACAGCUAGAAACCAAGGCGCGCCGAAUCAGCCUCAUAUUCCUCCUCACAUACAACAAAUUCUCAACCAACAAAGGAACCAACCCAAUAUAAAGGGACCCCCAGCACAAGCUCCAGCACAAGCUCCAGUUCAACCUCAAGCUGCUCCUCAUAUUCCUCCUCACAUACAACAAAUUCUUAACCAACAAAGGGCCAAACCCAAGGUAAAGGGGCCUCCAGCACAACCUCCAGUUCAGCCUCCAGCUCCUCCUAAGGUUCUCCCUCACUUACGACACGUUCCUGCUCACUUACGAAAUCUUCCUUUUGACCAACGAGGGGUCCAAUAUGGUCCAAAGGAGCCUCCUGCCCAGCAUCAAGCACCUCCUCAAGCUCAAGCACCCCCUCAAGUUCAGCCUCAAACUCCGCCUAAGGUUCCUCCCCAUUUACGACAUGUUCCUCCCCACUUAAGAAAGCUUCCUUUUGAUCAACGAAGGGCUCAGAUCGCUUACAACCUCCAGCUCAGCUUCAAGCCCAUCGGCCUCAAGCUCCUCCUCAAGGCCAGUAUCAACGUCAAGCCCAGCCUCAAGGUCAGCACCGAGGCCAGCCCCGAGGCCGACUUCAAGGUCAACGUCAAGGUCAACGUCAAGGCCAGCGUCAGGGCCAGCAUCGAGUUCCGUACCGAGCCCAGCAGCCCCCAGCCCGGCCUCAAGUCCAGCCUCCAGUCCUACUUCAAGCCCGCUGGCCUGGACCCCAGCCUCAAGUGCAACCUCAAGCUCUGCAACCUCAAGUUCGACCUGGAGCCCAGCCUUAUGUUCCUCCUCACCUACGAAGGGGCCAACAUAUCUACUGCAAAGGUUACACCUGACAUUUCUCCAAAAUCUGUCAAGUCAGGCAGGGUCAGCAAGAAGGCUCCAAAAGCGAAGAAGGCCAGUCGCAAAGUGCCGCCUCGGAAGCACGAUGCUAUUGCAGAUUAUGUUAAGAAAGUGUUGCCAGAUAUGCCUGUGGCUAUUCGCAACCUUUUGACUCGCUCGCAACAUCUCGAAUCGGAACUCGAGAAAGAUGGCUUUCACGUGUUUCCUUUCGUGAACUAA